GAUGAGUACGAGCAGGGGAUGUUGAAACUGUACGAGAUUGGGCAAACGUCUGUGCAGGAGUUGAAUUAUCACCAGCUCACUCCUGCGCAUUUGGAGAAAAUAAAACCCGAGCUGACAUGAGCGCGGAAAGAAAAUGAGCACAUGAAGUUUUUUCCUGUUAAGGUCAGACUUUAUCCAUCUCUCUCAGCAUCUCGAUACCCUUUUCCCUUGAGUAUUUCACGGGAAAGGGGUCGAGAUGAGGGGACCGAGAUGAGUAAAAGCUGACGCUAAUCCUGGGUGGAAGUGGAUGCAGCCGUCGGCUCUUCUAGCAGAGAAGAAGAAAGUGAAGAACGCUUUGUAUUGAAAAGGAGUUACUGGACCCAUCCGCGACGCGGUGUCCUUGGACAGGGUUUCCAAUCGUACAUUACGUCAUCGGCAGAGGACCAUUCUAG